CAGCUAGUUGUAUCUUUAACCAUUAUACAGGUCGCCCAGUGCGUACAUAGAAAGCCAAACAACAGGACAUGUGGCACCGGAUUACAGGACUUGCGACAAGGACCUGACUGAAGGCGAUCAUGCACUGACAGAAGGGAACCUGGACUUGGCAGAACAGAAGUUUGCGUCCGCUCUGAAACUCAUUCACGAUUUUAACAUACCUGAUCGACCAAAAGAGGCAGAGUGCCUUUAUAGAAUAGGCAACGUAUACGUCAAGCGAGGUAAAAGGACAAAAGAAGGUAGGAACUUCACACAGGCAGCUGCCCUGUACAACGCAGCCAUGGCCAGAACAGACGAAAAUAGAGACAAAAUGAUGAGAUGCCUGCAGGAAACAGAGCAAUUGUUUCUCAUGCACAUAGCAAAUGUGGACAGCAAGCUGGUAUCAUCUGAUGGGGACCUACGUCAUAAAGAGCGAUUUGAGAGCAUGCGUACUCGCGUCAAGUCCCAGUUAGAAGCAAUUGAUCAGAAACACAAUCCGUACCAAUAUAACGAGGACGACCCAAAGAUGCGAACAGUCGAGGCCGAGCGAGCUGAAGCAGUUAAAGCUCUAUUCAAGAGCAUCGCCAAGGACAGACAAAUGUUUAUCCAGGACCUUGUCAGAGAAAGCGUAGAGGUUCUUGGCCCUCCUCCAUGUAAGUAUGCUUUCAUCGGAUUGGGCUCACAGGCAACAGAACUGGUUACACCCUACUCUGACCUGGAGUUCGCCAUUCUGAUUGAAGAUGGAAGAGACAACGAUGACACGCGGGAGUACUUCAUCAACCUCACACACUACCUACACCUGAAAGUCAUCAACCUGGGAGAGACCAUCCUUCCAGCCAUGGCUAUCCCGUCACUGAAUGAUUUCCAAUCAGAAGACCCAGAGAAAGACUGGUUCUUCGACUCCGUCACGCCUCGUGGAUUCGCCUUCGAUGGAUUUAUGCCAUGGGCCAGUAAGACUCCGUUUGGAAGAGACAAGACUAAAACGAAGCCCCCCGUAAGCCUUAUCCAGACACCAGUCAAUCUGGCAAAGUUUCAGCGGCAUAACAUUAGCAUGUCAGAAGGUUACCAUCUGUCAGACAUCCUCAGGCGGGUUUCUUUCCUAGCAGGAGAAGAAACCCUGAUAAGUGAGUACAUGGAGAAACUGGGCGAAAUCAUCACAGAUUCGCCUAUUUCUCGUUUAAUGUCCCGUUUGUCCGCUAUUGUUACCUUGUGGGACGACAAGGACCAUCUUUCAAACCUUGAACCCACUGGGCAACUGCUCAAUGUGAAGAAAGACAUCUAUCGUUUCCCAGGAAUAGCCAUAGAACUACUAGCCCUCUGCUGUCAAUUUGCCACUGCCAGCACAUGGGAUGUAAUCGACAAAUUUAAGGAAACGGACUUGGUCGAAGAACAGAACGCUACCCAUCUUACAAUACUGACCAGCAUCUCGGCAGAGCUUCGACUGAGAACAUACAUUGUCAAUGGAGGGCAAAACGACACUCUGUCACCUCUCACCGAAAUUGAAUAUCAACCAAAAGUGCGAAUGAUAUCUUACAACACCUUGAGGUCUGUAUUCCACAUUCCGGACAAUAAAGUCCUCUUCAGGUACUACUGCAGGGCUAUACCCCUGAAAAGGUGUAUGCCAGAUAUCAUCAACAAGACUUUGCCGCUGGAACCAAUAAAGAUAUUCAAAACAGCCAUCUAUGAUGACUCAAAUGAAUGUAUGGGACGGAUAGCUGGAAACCUACUCUUGUCAGAUAAAAGCUUGCAAUACUGGGAGGCAGCAUUAAGAGAAGCAGAAAGUGAGGUCAAACGGUCAGAAAUACUUGAAGAAUUAGGGACAUAUUGGGCAUCUCAUGAUGAUAUUGCAAAGGGAAGAACCUAUUUUGAACAAUCACUGAUGAUCCGUAGGAAUAUCUAUGGAGAGAAGACAGCACAUCCGGAUAUUGUAUUGUCACUACUCAACAUAGGAACCUCUUUCAGUAGACUCGGCGAUCAGAAGAAAGCCAUUGGUUACUUCCAACAAUCGCUAACUAUGACUGAAAUGUUGUAUGGGGACUGCGCAGCACAUCCAAACAUUACAAAGACACUUUGUUUCCUUGGAUAUUCCUGGAGCAAACUCGGUGACCAGAAUAAAGCAAUAAACUUCUACGAAAAAGCAGUAACAAUAAUGAGAAACAUCUAUGGAGACAACACCGCACAUCCGGACAUUGCCGCUUCACUGCUUGGUUUGGGAGAGUGUUGGGGAGAACUUGGUGAUCAGACGAAAGCAAUUAGCUACUGCGAACAGUCAAUCACAAUGAGGAAAACUAUCUACGGAGACAACACCGCACAUCCGGGCAUUAUCGGGGCGCUUUGUAGCCUUGGCCUGUCUUGGAGUAAACUCGGCGACCAAAACAAGGCAAUACGCUUCCACCAACAGGCACUAACGGUAGGGAAAACCAUCUAUGGAGACAAGACGACACAUCCGUAUAUUUUUGUGACACUUGGUGGCCUUGGAUUGUGUUGGCAUGAACUCGGCGAUGACAAGAAAGCAAUCAGUUACUACGAGCAGUCCCUUGCGAUGGAGAAGACCAUCUACGGUGACAACAAGGUACAUCCAAGCAUUGCAGUGUCGCUUAUCAACUUGGGAUAUUCUUGGAGUAGUCUUGGUGAUGAAAAGAAAGCAAUCAACUACUUCGAACAGUCGGUUGCGAUGGUGAAAUCUAUCUAUGGCGAAAUCACCGUACAUCCAAACAUUGCCAGGUCACUUCACGGACUGGGCUCAUGUUGGAGUAAACUCGGUGAAGAAAGAAAAGCAAUUGAGUACUAUCAUCAGUCAUUAACAAUGGAAAAAUCUAUCUACAGCGACGAAACUGCACAUCCAAGUAUUGCCGCAUCACUUCGAAAUCUGGGAGCAUCUUACAGUAGACUCGGUGAUCAAAACAAAGCUAUCAAAUGCUUUGAGCAGUCAUUAAAGAUGACAAAGAUUAUCUAUGGAGACAACACGGCACAUCCUGAUGUUGCCGCGUUACUUACCAACUUAGGAUUAUGCUGUCGUCAACUUGGAGACCAGAGGAAAGCAAUAUACUAUCACGAACGUGCGUUAACUAUGUUAAGAAUUAUCCACGAAGACCACGCGGCACAUCCUAACAUUGCCGGCGCGCUCAACAAUAUAGGUAUGUCUUGGAGUGAACUUGGCGACGACAAGAAGGCAGUUAGCUACUACGAACAAUCACUUACGAUGAGGAAGUUUGCCUACGGGGACAUGCAUCCUGAUACUGCUGAGUCUUUGAACAAUUUGGGAGCAUCUUGGAAGAAACUAGGUGAUCAGAAAAAAGCAAUUAGGCACCACGAACAGUCACUACAAAUAGGAAAAGCUAUUUAUGGAGACAACACAGCGCAUCCUAAGAUUGCCAGAUCACUCAACAACCUUGGAUCAUGUUGGAAUAAACUCGGUGAUCACCAAAAAGCAAUUAUCUAUUUCGAACAAUCACUUAAGAUGCAGAGAGCUAUCCACGGAGAAAACAUAGCCCAUCCAGACAUUGCCACAUUACUUUAUAACACCGGAUCAUCUUGGCGGAUACUUGGCCAUCCUAAGAAAGCAAUAAGCUACUUGGAACAGUCACUAAUGAUGUUACGAACUAUCUAUGGAGACAACACCGCACAUCUGGACAUUGCGUCGUCACUUAGGAAUUUGGGAGUCUGUUGGUGGAAAUGCAAUGAUCAGAGGAAAGCCGUUAGCUACUACGAACAGUCACUAGAGAUGAGAAAAACUAUGUAUGGUCACAACACGGCACAUCCAGACAUUGCCACGUCACUCAACAACUUAGGGUUAUCUUAUAGUAAACUCGGGGAUGAGACGAAAGCAAUAAGCUUCUACGAACAGUCACUGAGGAUGCUAAAAACUGUCCAUGGUGAAAACAAGGCACAUCCAGACAUUAUUAAAGCCUUACGUUGUCUUGCAUCGUGUUGGAGUAAACUUGGUGAUCAAAGGAAAGCAAGUAGAUAUUACGAGGAGCUGUUGAUACUUCUGGGAACUGUUAAUAUAUAGGAAAAGACACACGCAGAGAUUCAAUUGCCAGGUUACCAAAUUGUAUCAAUAUAGAGUGAACUGGACGGUUUCAUCCUCCUACGCAGGAACAUCCAACAGCGAAACC